GUGUACGUGUUGCGCUAGGGAUAGACUCUAAAUUGUGUGAAAGUGACUUAACGUACUAGGCUUGUUUAUUUGGUUGACUAGGCGUGCAGAAAUUAUGACGAGUAGCCGUCUCGUCUGAUAAAGAUUUGUAUUUCUAGUAGCCGUUUCCUACACUUCCUGGCUCCAGAAAAUAAUUUAUUAAACGUAAAUGUAGUUAGAGUGAUGAAAAUUUAUGAAUUUUACGAGGAACUCUAAAACACGCUAGAGGAUAGUCUAUUCUAUGGUUGCAAUUGCAAAUGCCUUGCGUGUUUCCUGAUUGUACUCAUGACUGUGUUCGUUCUGUAAUUUGUAGUGGAAAAUUCUGGAAGCGAAAUAAAAGUCGGCGUUCAACUGAAGAGGAUCUUAAAAGAUGUCGAAGCACGAGUUUUUCGUUGAGAUGACUUGUGAAGGGUGUUCUGGUGCAGUCACACGGGUUCUGAAUAAACUAGAUGACGUCAAAUUUGAUAUUGACCUUCCAAACAAGAAAGUAUUCAUUGAGUCUGACAAGAGUGCAGAUGAUCUCCUGGCUGUGCUGAAGAAGACAGGGAAGCCUGUCACUUACAUCGGACCGAAAUGAAUCCACCUCCGUUCUCAGAUACAAACAGGUGUCUGCUGCCUGGAUGAAGGAGAGUGGCACAGACCUGCACACAGGAAAAUCUUCUGCCCACCACGCUGAACGCAAGCAGACACCUGGAACUGGUGAAGACCCCGGGGACCCUCGGCAUGCUGCUUUUAAAGCUGUAUACCUCCUUAAUCUUAAACCUUAUGUGUCAUUGUGUGGUGUGGUGUAAUAGCUGACAAUCGAAGAAUGACUUGUUUUACCGUCUGCUUUUCAAAAAGCGAUUCGCAAGGAGUUGUGCAAUUAGGAAAAGCUGCAGUUUGUGUGUUCAUGCCCAGAUUGGGGUUUUUCCUGCAUUUUUUAGAAUUCCCAAUUAUCUGUUGACCUAACUGGGUAAUAAAAUGUACGCUGUUA